UCGGUUUCCUCUUGCCAUCAUCCCGUUCAAUGCCGAAUUCUCGACCUCAACAAACUUCCUUUCAGAAUGAAUUGAGUCUUGGUGCUGUUCGUCCAAGACAACGAAAGUCGGGCUGGAUGGUGACUUUCAAUAACUGGAUGGUCAAUGAAGGGCGUAGUAGACUAUUCUUUGCUUUGUUCAUUGCAUCCCAAUUGGGUUACUUUGCUUGGUCUUAUUAUCAACUAUGGACUUCUCCUACUCUUGUUACGUUUCGCACUGUGUUACAACAUGGUUUACCCAUGGCAAGAGCCGCUGCCAACGUCAUCAAUUUGGACUGUGGCAUCAUUCUUUUUACUGUUUGUCGAAACGUCAUUUCUUUAAUGCGCACUACUUUUUUAAAUCGUAUUAUACCAUUUGAUAAAAAUAUCACAUUCCAUAUUUGGAUUGCCUAUUCCAUUGCGUUUUGGACUUUUGUUCAUGUCAUUGCUCACUACUUCAACUACAAUAAUGUUCGUAUUGCCUUGGGCGUGUCUGCCGAAUACCUCUCUCUUGUAUCUGGUCCUGGCCUUACGGGUCAAGUCAUCUCCGUGUCAUUCUUUCUUAUAUUCACAUCCGCUAUGGAAGCUGUGCGUCGCAAGUACUUUGAAAUAUUCUGGUUCACCCAUCAUCUAUUCCUUGUCUUCUUUGGUGCUUUGUUAAUGCAUGGCUCCUUUUGCUUCAUCAAAGGCGACUCGGGUGACCCUUGUCGUGGUGGCCCAAUGUUUUGGAAGUUUUGGGUUGGCUCUGCUGCCUUUUAUCUAAUUGAACGCUUGUGGCGUGAAAUCUCGGGCCGUCGCAAAACCUAUAUUUUUAAAGUGGUCCAGCAUCCUUCCAAGGUUGUUGAAGUUCAGAUCAAAAAAAAUGGUUGGAAAAUGCAGGCUGGCCAGUACAUAUUUAUUUGCUGUCCUGAAAUCGGUCUAUUCGAAUGGCAUCCUUUUACCCUAACCUCUUCUCCCCACGAAGAGUUUCUUUCUAUCCAUAUCCGCGUUGUCGGUGACUGGACUGAAAAGUUUGCUGAACGUGUUGGCUGUCGCUUUGGUGGCUCUUCUGAUAAUAUGCCUGCUCCAGAUACUCUUCCCUAUGUCAUGGUCGAUGGUCCUUAUGGAUCUGCAUCUGAAGAUGUGUUUGAUUACGAAGCUGCUGUUCUCGUUGGUGCUGGCAUUGGUGUCACUCCCUUUGCCUCAAUUCUCAAGACAAUCUGGUUUCGCAUCAACAACCCUACUCGUGCCGUACCACUUAAAAAGGUUUAUUUCUUUUGGAUCUGCAGAGACAAGGAUGCUUUCGAGUGGUUCCAAGAUUUACUUUCCACAAUUGAAGAUGAAAACAUUUCAAAUUUCCUGGAAAUCCACACUUAUUUGACACAGAAACUCAAAAUAUUUGAAGUCAAAAACAUUGUCAUCAAUGACGGUGAGGAUGGCAGAGAUGCGAUUACCGGACUAAAGUCUCGUACACAAUAUGGUCGUCCCAACUGGGACCAAAUCUUUGAAGCUCUGCGAGUAAAGCAUCGAGCCACAGACAUUGGUGUCUUUUUCUGUGGUCCCAAAGUAUUAUCUCGGACUCUCCAUCACACAUGCAACAAAUGGACCGAAGCUACUGAAGAUGGAACUCGGUUCUACUAUGGCAAAGAGAAUUUUUAAUCUGCUCAAUAACUUGAGCUGACUUGUAGUGUUUUUUGUGAAUAUCAUACUAUUUUCUGUAUAUAUUAUUAAAUAAAUAUCACUUAUUUUUU